AUGGCUCCUCCUCGUUAUGGGAAUCAGUCCCUCAACGGGCCCUAUCACAUCCAACAAAAUCACCUGCAGUCGCAUCAACAUGGUGCUCUGCCACCUCCAACCCACCUUGGCACACCUUCCUUCGGCGCAGGCGGCUCUUCGAACGCGAGUCCCUUCGCCUUGGCCGGAAAUCUGAACAAUGGCUUCGACCGGAGUAUGCUCGAUGCCGGGGUGCUUCCCGGUCAGAUGCAACAGAUGGGUUUCCCGAGGGGAGGUCCAGUACAAGCACAUCACACCUAUGACGGUCUAGCUGGUCCGCUGGAGAAUAAAGAUGAUACAAGAAUUCGGAAUGUCUGGAAGCACAACCUGAAAGAAGAGAUGGCUACCUUGAGGCAGCUGGUCGACACAUACCCAUACAUUGCAAUGGACACAGAAUUCCCUGGCAUCGUUGCCCGUCCGAUCGGCCAAUUCACUACCAAAGCAGACUACCACUAUCAGACGUUACGGUGCAAUGUCGACCUCCUCAAAAUGAUCCAGCUUGGAAUCACCCUGUUCAAGCCCGACGGAACACUUCCUCCACCUGAUCCCACACACACAAGCAAAGCCAAGUCACAAUUCCAGUCAACCCUGCUUCCAACUCCCUGCACAUGGCAGUUCAAUUUCCGCUUUUCCCUUGAGUCAGAUAUGUAUGCUCGAGAUUCGACCACGAUGCUCGCAAAGGCCGGCAUCGAUUUCGACCGACAUGCCAAGCAUGGCAUUGAUCCAGAGGAAUUCGGCGCGUUACUGAUCAGCUCAGGCCUGGUCCUAGAUCCGGACGUGCACUGGAUUUCGUUUCAUUCGGGCUAUGACUUCGGCUACCUCAUGAAGCUUAUGGUGUGCAAGCCGCUGCCAGAAGACGAGGUGCAAUUCCACAAGUAUCUGGAGAAAUUCUUCCCAUCUCUCUUUGACAUCAAAUUCAUCCUCAAGCACGUCGGCGUCAAGGGGCAAGUCAAUAGCGGUCAACCACUGACCCAGGAAGCGGCGCUCAUAGUCCAACGACUGAUGACGAAAUCCGGUCUUCAAGAUGUCGCCGAGGAACUGGCCGUGGCCCGUCACGGCCAAGCACACCAGGCUGGCUCGGACUCCUUGCUUACUGGGCAGGUGUACUUCAAAAUGAAGGAGAAGAUCUUCAACGGCACCAUCGAAGAGGACAAAUACCGCUCUCAGGUCUGGGGAUUGAACGCCCAGAUGCCAACCGGCGGUCGCGACUUCAACAGCACGCCAAGCAUGAACGGCGCAACCUUCUACAACCACAACGGCACGCCCACGACGCCACUGACCGGAAACAUCGGCAUGGCAGGCGGUGCAUCCCAUACUCCGAUCCCCAACCAUGGCAUGAUGGGAAGUAUGACGCCGGGCGGGUUUGGGAACUUCCAGUACCAAAAGGCGAUGAGUUAG